AUGAAACUCGACGCCAAGGCCAUUCGCUACCUCACCUCUGAGGAUUUCCGGGUUCUUCAAGCGGUCGAAGCCGGAAGCCGAAACCAUGAGGUUGUUCCUACUCCGUUGAUCUCGCAGCUUUCGGGUCUCCGAGGCGGCAGCGGUGUCAACCGCGCUAUUUCAAACCUUGCCAAAAUCAAUCUGAUUGCGAAAGUAAAGAAUGCCAAGUAUGACGGCUACAGACUCGCAUACGGAGGAUUGGAUUAUCUUGCGCUGAACGCGCACCAGAAGUCAAAGGCUAUCUACUCGGUCGGCAACCAAAUUGGCGUGGGCAAGGAAUCAGACAUCAUCGUGGUGGCACAGAGCGACGGAUCGCAGCGCAUUAUGAAAAUCCACCGUCUCGGCCGUAUCUCCUUCCGAACCGUCAAGACAAACCGCGACUAUCUACGACACCGCAGCUCAGCUUCAUGGAUGUACAUGUCUCGGUUGGCAGCAAUGAAGGAGUUUGCUUUCAUGACUGCUUUGCGCGACAACGGAUUCUCCGUCCCCGAACCUAUUGCGCAAAACCGACACACCAUUGUCAUGAGUCUUAUCGAUGCUUUCCCUCUGCGCCAGAUCUCCAAAGUUGCCAACCCAGCCUGGUUAUACUCAGAGCUCAUGAACAUGAUCUUGGAAUUGGCACGGUAUGGCCUGAUUCACGGUGAUUUCAACGAGUUCAAUAUCCUUAUCAAGGAAGAGCUGGAUCCCGAAUUCAAGGGGAAAGAACUCACCGAGGAGGAGGAAGAUGAGCAUAUCCGGCUGGUCCCGGUUCUUAUUGAUUUCCCGCAGAUGGUGUCCGUGGACCACGUGAACGCUGAAAUGUACUUCGAUCGCGAUGUGGAAUGUAUCAAGCGGUACUUCAAGCGCAAGUUCCACUUCGUGAGCGAUUCAAAGGGCCCUACCUUUGCUGAAGCUAGAAAGAAGCUUCUGAACAACCCUGGCAAGCGUCUGGAUGUCGAAGUCGAAGCCUCCGGUUUCUCGCGGAAGAUGGCUCGUGAACUUGAGACCUAUAUGAAAGAUGUAGGUGUCAAGGGAGACGGAGAAACCUCCAAGGAUAGCGAUGACGAUGACGAUGACGAUGAGGAUGAUGAUGAGGAAGAAGAGUCUGGGUCCGAAGCUGAGGAGCCCAGUGAUACCCACGAGACCAAGAACUCCGACGACAUUGAUGACAGUACCAAGCGUCUAGAACAACUGCGCGUUUCGGGGUCUUCGGCACAAUAA